AUAUAUAUUUAUUCUCAGUCUUCUUCUUCUGGCUUGGCUCCGUAAUACUAGCAAAUCGCAGAGCUGUCCAGAAAGAGACUUUCUCCUCCCUCCCUCUCUCUUUAUCCCUUCUCCCCUUCCUUCACUUUCCCCUCCCCACACCAGAAAGCAAGAGAGAAAGUAGCGACAGAGAUGGGGAAUUGCCAGGCGAUCGAUGCGGCAGCGCUGGUGAUACAGCAUCCCUGCGGCAAGAUAGAGAGGAUGUACUGGCCCGUCACCGCCAGUGAAAUCAUGAGGCUCAACCCAGGCCAUUACGUCUCUCUCAUAAUCCCACUCCCCAGGCCUCCUACCGCUCCCGGCGACGACCACAAGGUGGUUUCUGCGGCCACGGCGGCGGUUCAGUUCACCAGAGUCAAGCUUCUCCGGCCAACUGAUACUCUGGCUCUUGGCCAUGCCUACCGCCUCGUCACCACUCAAGAGGUAGUGAAGGUUCUUCGGGCCAAGAAGUCUGCCAAAAUGAAGAAACAGGAGGCUGAGCCUUGUGAGAAACCAGAGGCUAUUUUGUCAGAUAAGCAGAGUUCAGAUAGCAGGAAAUCUAACUCGGACAAGGACUUCCACUUCCAGUUCCAGUUCCAGGCAAGCAAACAAGGAAGUCAUCGGCGAAGGGCAGCGCCAGUUAACCCAUCUGCACUGAGAUCCAAGUCAUGGCGGCCAACAUUACACAGCAUCUCAGAGGCUGCAAGCUGAACUCAUCUCCCCUCUUGUAUCCAGAAAUUCCCCCCCAUGGCAGAUGGCUCCAUAAUGAUGGGAAGAGACUGGUAAAAAAAACUAGUCAAUCCGGAAUAGAGAAAAAGAUGUUAUAAAGGAAUGUUUAUAAGGAGAAAAGGGAAUCUCUCCCCCCUUCCUCCCUAAACAAUAUAGAUGGAUUUCCUGUUACUUGACGGAAAGAGCUACCUUUCCCCCUCCUUUCUUCCUGUACAGCCAGCCACGAGAGAAAGCAAAAAGAAAA